UAGGGGGCACCACGCCCAGUCAUGUGUGUGUGUUACAUCUGUGUUAGCAAUAAAGAAGAAGUCACUUGUAAACAAACUAUCGUGUGUGUAGUCUGACUCGGCAUAAGCUCUAAUGGUGUACUGACACUACAGUGGAAAUAUAAUAUAAAUUGGCGACGAGUUGUGACGUCUAGAAGACUUGGCCGUCUACUGAGAAUGUACUGACUGCGUGGCCGAGUUUGGACGGAAAACGGACGAUCGCGUGGCGAAUUAGCAUCGGAGCUAGCUGCUAGCUGCUUUUUCUCCGACGAGUCAGAAACGACAGUGUUGGCUGUGGACAGCGGAUACAUCAUGGCUGGAAUGAUUGGGCAGAUGGACCCCUUUGAUGAUGCUGGUGAGCAAUGGGCAACGUAUAUUGAACGUUUUGAGCAUUACAUCCUUGCUAAUGACAUUCAGCCUGAGAAACGGGUCCCGGUGCUGCUGAGUGUGAUGGGUCCCAAGACGUACGGUCUUCUGCGUAAUCUGGUGGCUCCAAGCAAGCCUGGGACAAUGCAGUAUGACAAUAUUGUGGGUGUUUUGCAAGCUCAUUUUGCUCCCAAACCGCUGGUAAUAGCUGAGAGGUUCCGGUUCCACAAGAGGAAUCAGGGGGAAGAAGAAACGGUCGCACAGUAUGUGGCGGUGCUAAAAAGACUAUCAGAACAUUACGAGUUUGGUGCGUAUCUGGAAGAUGCUCUACGGGACAGAUUUGUGUGUGGAUUAAAGUGUGAAACUGUGCAGAAGCGUCUUUUGACUGAAAAGGAUCUCACGUUUCGCAAAGCAGUUGAUUAUGCCGUGUCGGCAGAGACAGCAACACGUGAGGUGCAGCAGUUAAGUGGUUCCCUUAAAGUGAAUGCGGUGCUGUCACAAAAAGGUGAUAAGUGCCGCCGCUGUGGGAAAAUGAAUCAUACUGAUGAUGACUGCUGGUACAAGGACCGUGACUGUCACCAGUGUGGGAGGAAGGGCCACACGAAACGCAUGUGUAAAGGUAGAACCAGAAGCAGCCAAGAUUGGAACAGGAAAGCGAAAGAGGGAAAACCUGAGCUGAAAGGCUAUGCAGUUAAAAACAGAGCAAAGGACAAAAAGAGGAGAAUUCAUCAUGUUGCUGCAGAGGAAAGUGGAAGUGAAGGAACCAGACCUGACACUGAUAGUGAGUUGGAGCUGUAUUCUUUGUCUCGAAAAGAGAAAUAUUCACGUAUCUCCCUAAUGCCUGUAGUUAAUGGGAAGAAAAUGGAGAUGGAGCUGGAUACAGGGGCUGCUGUGUCUUUGAUCCCAUGGGAACAGUACAAAAGUAUGCUGAGUCAGUUGCCGCUGCAACCCACUGACAUUAUGCUGAAAACAUACACUGGGGAGCCGCUGGCACCAGAAGGGGUCAUAAAGGUGCAAGUUGAGCUGAAUAAGCAGCGUGCUACACUACCCUUGUACGUGGUAAAGGUGGAUGCUCCACCACUGUUUGGUAGGGAGUGGCUGAGAGUUAUCAAGCUGAACUGGAAAGACUUAAAGAUGAUUCAUGCCAGAGAGCAGAGUGGGAAUGACAAUCUGGAGGCUGUGUUAAAGAAACACUCAGCCGUUUUCUCUAAGGAGCUGGGCACAAUGAAAGGCAUUAAAGCCAGAUUGACUCUUAGGCCUGAUAGUGUCCCCAAAUUCUGUCCACCACGUAACGUGCCUUAUGCUCUCCGCCCUCGGGUGGAGGCGGAACUGAAACGCCUGACUGAGCUUGGGGUGAUCACACCAGUGGAGCAUAGUGAUUGGGCUACGCCCGUGGUCCCUGUCAACAAGAAGGAUGGCUCAGUGAGACUCUGUGGUGAUUUCAAAGUCACUCUAAAUUCGCAGCUCUGUGUGGAUAAGUACCCACUUCCACGCAUUGAGGACCUAUUUGCUUCUCUAGCAGGAGGACAGCAUUUCAGUAAGCUACACUUAGCAAAUGCCUACCUACAGAUGGAGGUAGAAGAGGAGUCUAAGAAGCUACUGACUGUUUCGACACAAAAAGGGCUGUUCCGUUUCAAUCGCUUGCCUUUUGGAGUGGCGUCGUCACCUGCAUUGUUUCAGAAGGCUAUGGAUCAAGUGCUUCUCGGCCUACCAUACACCCAUUGUUAUCUGGAUGACAUCCUCGUCAGUGGUCCAGAUAAACAGACACAUCUGAGAACCCUUAAGGCAGUUUUGGGCAGGCUGGAGGACUAUGGCCUGCAUCUCAAACAGGAGAAGUGCCUGUUUUUCCAAGAAUCAGUGGAAUACCUGGGCCACAUAAUUGAUGCGGCAGGGUUACACAAAUCACCAGAAAAGGUGCGUGCCGUUAUGGAAGCUCCAGCACCAGCUGAUGUCAGCCAGUUACGUUCUUUUCUGGGAAUGCUCAACUAUUAUGGGCGUUUCAUACCUGAUUUAGCUACAGUCCUGAAGCCGUUGAAUGAGCUACUCAGUAAAGAGAAGAAAUGGCAGUGGACAUCAGCCUGUGAGUCAGCUUUCCAGAAAGCUAAAGAACAUCUGGCCUCACCAGAAAUACUCACCCACUACAAUCCUGAACUGCCUCUCCGUUUGGCAUGUGACGCUUCACCAUAUGGAGUUGGAGCCGUGCUCUCACAUGUCAUGCCUGAUGGCCAAGAACGGCCAAUUGCCUAUGCUUCACGAACCCUCAGCAAAGCAGAACGAAACUAUGCUCAGAUCGAGAGGGAGGCGUUGGCUAUUGUUUUUGGAGUGCGCAAGUUUCACCAGUAUCUCCAUGGUAACAAGUUCACCUUGCUCACUGAUCACCACCCACUGACCUCCAUUCUGAGUCCAGUGAAAGGUACACCAUCAAUGGCAGCUGCACGAAUGCAGCGUUGGGCGCUCCUUCUGUCAGCACAUAAUUAUACCUUGCAGUAUCGGAAGGGGGCACAUCACGCCAAUGCGGAUGGACUGUCACGUUUGCCUCUGCCCCUUGCACAGAAAGAGAAACAGGGAGCGGUGGAGGUCUUCUACGCAUCUCAACUGGACACAUUACCAGUCGGUGUUGCUGAGAUCAGACGUGACACCUUGUCUGAUGUCACAUUGUCUCGUGUCCUGGAAAUGGUAACAACUGGACGCUUUCCAGCAGCAAAGGACGCAGAUCAAGAGCUGUCACCUUAUCUGAUGCGCAGACAUGAACUCACAAUACAGCAGGGAUGCCUCAUGUGGGGCGUGAGGGUGGUAGUGCCACCUAAGCUGCGCUCUCAUGUUCUGAAAGAGCUCCACGCUGCACAUCCAGGGAUGGUGAGGAUGAAGAGCUUAGCUCGCAGCUAUGUUUGGUGGCCUGGGAUUGAUUCUCAAAUUGAGCUUCAAGCUAAAGCCUGCCACUCUUGUCAGCGUGUGCAAAAAGAGCCUGGGUUAGCACCUUUGCACCCUUGGCUGUGGCCUUCCUGUCCGUGGGAACGGAUCCAUGUGGAUUUUGCAGGUCCAUUUGAAGGUCACAUGUACCUGGUGGUGGUAGAUGCACAUUCCAAGUGGCCUGAAGUGCAUAUUAUGGAUAGCACCACAGCUGGUAAAACCAUACAAGUGCUGCGGGGUCUUUUUAGUCGCCAUGGCAUUCCUCACGUCCUGGUGAGUGAUAACGGACCGCAGUUCUGUUCUGAGGAAUUCAGGGUGUUCCUGAAAGCUAAUGGAGUUAAACACAUCCGCUCCGCGCCGUACCAUCCUGCCACUAAUGGUUUGGCUGAGCGUUUUGUGCAGACAUUCAAGCAUGCACUGAAAGCUUCCAGGGGUACAGCACCUGUGCAACAAUGCCUUGACACGUUCCUUUUGACAUAUCGCAACACUCCCCAUGCAACAACUAGAGAAACGCCAGCCAUAUUGUUCAUUGGACACAAGCUGCGCUCUCGACUGGAUUUUCUGAAGCCCAGUGUGGCCGGAGCAGUGCGUCGGGCACAAGAUGCUCAACAACAAUGCCGACAGCAACACUCCAGGGACAGACAGUUCACUCUGGGCGAACCUGUCCUGGUGCGUGAUUAUAGGAAGGGAGAGGACAAGUGGACGCACGGUGUCGUACUGGAGAAGACUGGGCCAGUGUCAUACAAGGUGAAUGUGGGAGCCCAAGGAGUGUGGAAACGUCAUGUAGAUCAGAUGCUGACGCGACCCGAGUCAGUAUCUCAGCAGGUCACAGUGGAUCCUCCGACAAGCUCUCAGAUGUCACCAGCCCAGAGUGGUAGUGACACCAUGCUUCACCCUUGUACAUCUCUGCAGGAAGAGACUGUUGAACAGGUUCUGGGGACCACCUCACCUCCAGAAACACUCCAGUCUCUUAAACCAUCACCGACUGACUGUACGCAGGUUACAGAGUCUGUAAGACGUUACCCAGUGAGAGUCACUAAGCCACCCGUUCGUUAUCGUGAUGGGUGAGCGUAUUAAGUAGUUCAGUGAGAAUGUUUGUGUUCAGAGAUA